GCGGGAAGGGGCGGGGCCUCUGGGUCCGAGGGCGCUGCAUCCGGGCACAAACACACGCACACACCCUCGUCACGUCUGCGGCCUAGUUCCUUUUGGAGCAAAGAGCGUCGAGAAGAAAGUAAGGACGGAGUGAGGGAAAGGAGCAUUCUAUGGAGCCACAUUUGUCAUGAUGAGAAGCAAUUCCACAUCCAGUGGAUAUUGAAGAAUUUGGUAUUCAAAGAUUCGGUAAGGAAGCCAGUCCUAUAGGAAGAAGAAAUGCUCCGAAGGUGCUGAUCUGGCUGAACUCCUCAGCUCACUCACAGUGCAGAAAAGGAAAGUCUCUGUCUUCCAUUUUAAAGUAUCAACAUGGAGAAAAAAACAUAUACAUGUACUGAAUGUGGAAAGGACUUUAGCCAGCAGAAACUUCUGCACUUACAUGAAAGAACUCACACUGGUGAGAAACCCUACACAUGUCAGGAAUGUGGGAAGAGCUUCGUGCAGAGUGGACAUCUACGUAAACAUCAAAGAACUCACACUGGGGAGAAGCCCUAUAAAUGUCAGGAAUGUGGAAAGAGCUUCACUCAGAGGGAAGGUCUACAGUCACAUCAGAGAACUCACACUGGGGAGAAACCCUAUGAAUGUCCAGAGUGUGGAAAGAGAUUCACUCAGAGUGGAAAUUUACAGAAACAUCAAAGGAUUCACACAGGGGAGAGACCUUAUAUAUGUCUGGAAUGUGGAGACAGCUUCGCUGGAAUUGGAGAUCUACGUACGCAUAAAAGAACUCAUACUGGGGAGAAACCCUAUAAAUGCCAGGAGUGUGGAAAGAAUUUUGCGCAUAGUGGAUCUCUCCAUUCACAUCAAAGAACUCACACUGGAGAGAAACCCUAUGAAUGUCCGGAGUGUGGAAAGAAAUUCACUCAGAGGGGAAGUUUACAGAAACAUCUACGGAUUCACACUGGGGAGAAACCCUAUGAAUGUCGGGAGUGUGGAAAACUAUUCACUCAGAACGUAACUUUACAGACACAUCAAAAGAUUCACACUGGGGAGAAACCCUAUAAAUGUGUGGAAUGUGGAGACAGCUUUGCUGUCAUUGGAGCUCUACGUAAACAUAAAAGAACUCACGCUGUGAAGAAACCCUAUAAAUGCCAGGAGAAUGGAAAGAAUGUUGCACAUAGUGGAAAGCUGCUUUCACAUCAAAGAAAUGACACUGGGGAGAAACUCUAUACAUGCCUGGAAUGUGGAAAGAGUUUUGCUGGCAUUGGAGCUCUACAUAAGCAUAAAAGAAUUCACGCUGGGAAGAAACCCUAUAAAUGUCUGGAGUGUGGGAAGAAUUUUGCGCAUAGUGGAUCUCUACAUUCACAUCAAAGAACUCACAUUGGGGAGAAAUCUUAUGAAUGUCCAGAGUAUGGAAAUAGCUUCACCCAGAGUGGAACUUUACAGACACAUCAAAGUAUUCACACUGAGGAGAAACCCUAUACAUGUCUGGAAUGCGGAAACAGCUUCGAUGUCAUUGGAGAUCUACGUAAGCAUAAAAGAACUCACACCGGGGAAAAACCCUAUAAAUGCCAGGAGUGUGGAAAGAAUUUUGCGCAUAGUAGAAAACUAAAUUCACAUCAAAGAAUUCACACUGAGGAGAAACCCUUUAAAUGCCAAGAGUGUGGAAAGAGCUUCACUCACAGUGAAAGUCUACAUAAGCAUUAUAGAACCCACACUGGGGAGAAACCCUUUAAAUGCCUGGAUUGUGGAAAGAGCUUUGCUGUCCAUGGAAGUAUCUGGAUUGCAGUAAGGCCUUCGACAAAGUCCCCCAUGACCUUCUGGGAAACAAAUUAGUCAAAUGUGGGAUAGAAUCAUCAAGUUGUAAGAGACCUUGUGGACCAUCCUGUCCAACCCCAUUCUGUCAAGAAGAGGAGAAUUGCAUUCAAAGCAUCCCCGACAGAUGUAUAUAGUGGAAGGCGACUGAAAUGAUCAAGAGACUGGAGAACAGUCCCUAUAAGGAGUGGCUUAAAAAGCUGGGCAUGUUUAGCCUGCAGAAGAUAAGGCUGAGAGGAGACAUGAUAGCCAUGUACAAAUAUGUGAGGGAAAGUUAUAGGGAGGAGAGAGAAAGCUUGUUUUCUGCUGCCCUGCAGACUAUAACAUGGAGCAAUGGCUUCAAACUACAGGAAAGAAGAUUCCACCUCAACACUAAGAAAAACCUCCUAACUUUGAGAGCUGUUCAUCAGUGGAACUCUCUGCCCCGGAGUGUGGUGGAGGCUCCUUCUUUGGAGGCUUUUAAACAAAGUUUGGACGGCCAUCUCUCAGGGGUGCUCUCAAGGCGAUUUUCCUGCUUCUUGGCAGAAAGGGGUUGGAUUGAAUGGCCCACAAGGUGUCAUCCAACUCUGAUUCUAUGAAGUCUGCGUAGUCAUCAUAGAACUCACACGGGGGAGAAACCCUAUGGAAAGAAUUUUGCGCAUAGUGGAAAACUACGUUCACAUCAAAGAACUCACACGGGAGAAACACUAUGAAAGCCUGGAGAGAGAAAAGAGUUUUAAUCAGAGUGGAAAUCUACGUUCAUAUCAGAGAACUAACACAGAGUAGAAACCCCAUGAAUGCCUGGAGUGUGGAAAAAGUUUUACUCAGAGUGAAGAUCUACAUUCAUAUCAGAGAACUGACACUGGGGUGAAGCCCUAUAUAUGCCUGGAGUGUGGAAAGCAUUUCUGACAGAAUGGAAACUUGCAUUUACAUCAGAGAACUCAUACUAGGAAGAAACUAUAGAUGCCUCACGUAUGGAAAGGACUUCCCUGAGAGUAGAGAGCUACAUAAACGUAUUAGAACCCAUAUUGGGAAGAAACUCUAUACAGGCUGUAUCCAAGUUACUAACAAGAUAGGUUCUGUAGGUUUGUUGCUAAGUUUAAUUUUAAAUGUACCUCCAUCCAAAUGUUAUGUAUCUAUGUAGAUCAAUGGAAAUGUUUUGCAUAGCAUACGGAAAGGGUUUAGUUUUGCUAUAUGUGUCCCUGUUCAGAAUAUUUCACCUCACUUUCUGCCCCUGUGAUAAUUGGAUUGGAUCAAUGUGUUCGAUGCUGGUGAUGCAGUUGGGUCUCCUUGUGUCUCUGGACAGUUCAGACCCAAAGAGUGUGUGGCUGUAAUGAACAGUCUUUUAAGUCCAAGACAGAGAAGUGGGCAUAGGAGGGAGGAAUGGUGGGAAGCAGAGUAUAACACUUAGGGACAACAGAGGAGAAGAAA